AUUAACAAAGCUGCUAAUGAUAAAUUACAAAAUUCUGAAUGCCCUCAACUAAAUAAACACGAUGACCUAUACUUGGAUAGAAUGCAAGUGUUGCAUAACGUUAUGAGAUGUAUUAGUAAUGGGAACUUUAAAGCUCCAAUAAACGAAAAAUUGGUAGAAGCAACAUGGCUAUCUGAAAUGGCAUCCGAUUUUCCAAAUUCAACAUUUAUAGGAAUAGAAAAGAUUCCUACUCUGUACCCUGAUCAAAAGCCAAGGAAUAUUAGAAUAAUUCAAACAGAUGCUUUAGAAACAUUUCCUUUUCCAGAAUGUGUUGAAGGUGAUAUAAGAGCUGAUAAUCCCGGUGUUGUUACAGAACAAUUGCGUGUUGUAGGUAACCAGAGUGGUCGAAGUCUUACCCUCUUUACGAAAUUCGGUGAAAUGUUAGAAUCCCAGCCACAAAUGGGUAAGGUCACUAAAACGGAAUUUGCCAUGCCUAUAGGAUCGUGGGGAGGUCAAAUAGGUGAACUUGGUCUGGCUAUAAUGUUACACAUGCUUUCCGGAAUGCAAAAAGGAAUAAUGCAUUACAUGAAACUUAAUGAGAAAGAUUUGGAUAAACUUUGGGAUGAUUAUAAAACCGAA